UAUGGCGGCUCUAGGCACCUCCUCGACCUCUCCCCUCAACCUGUCUCCCACAUCCCUGUCCCCGCCAGGACCGCCGCCGACCCCGCCCCCGACCUCGAACGCACUCUCGAAGUCGCCCGUGGAGUCGAAGGAGAGCUCCCCGAGCCCAGUGCCUCACUCUGCCUGCCUCGAGAACUCAUUGCCCCUCGCCGUGUUUUAUGGGCCUCUGGACGCUAAAAACCCACUCCUGGCCUCCUGCGAGAGGGAAAUUCGGGAUUUACUAGGCUUUAUGAAGAGAAAGAAGGCGUUAGCGAUAACGGAGGAACAGAAGCAUGAAUUCCACCGGCUUUGUGCCACCUCUUUGUUUAAUAUCUGGACCAAAUAUGCCCCCCGGCUGCCAGCUGCCUAUUACAAUGAAAAGCUUCUGAAGGUUGGCGAUAGCCUUUGUGAAAUGAAAGAAUAUAAAUUGGCGCUUUUACAGUGCUAUGGAAGGUAUCUUCAGCAGUUCACUAUCAACUUUGAUGAGAAUAAAGCAGACGUGAAUCAGUUCAAAACUGCCUUUUUCCCAAAAGGCUUUGGAGACAAAACUGCAGCACAUACAUUUCAUGCUUUAAGUGGCAAAAAUAUUUGCAACUAUGAGCUGGUCUGUGACAAUGAUGUGAACCUGAAGAAUAAAGACUCUGUGAGCCAGUGUCUGCAUAUUUUGUCCUCCUUAAGACUUAUCAUGCAGGUGGCUUUGCCACAGGAACACCUUUGCUGGAUUAUCUUUAAUGGUACCAUUUACAUUUACACCAUUUGCAGAAAACUGAUGAUCAUAGGUCAGUCCUCCAAGGCCUUGGAGUACCUCCUGUGGGCCAGCUCGUGUAUGGAGUUCUCGGUCCCCCUCCUGUCGGUCAGGUACUUGACGUGGAGAGCUACCCUUUACACCGCUGUCUGCCAGGGCUAUUAUGACUGCCAGGCUGGCAUUCACGGAGAGGCAUUUGCUCGGCGUGCUUUAGCUAAAAUUGAUGAGUUAAGGCAACUGGAAUUAAUGAGUUCCUCACAAUCACAGGAAGAAUCCAGAAGACAUUAUAGAGAGGCCACAAUAAAGAUGGCAGUGAUGAUCUUCAAAAGAGGAGUAUUUGAAUCUAGAAGAAAAAACAAAAGUCUCUUUAGACCAAAGUUAAGAGUUAACCUGAGGGAAGCUCAAACUUUGCCGUGGCCACGUACCAUCACAGAGCGGCUGUUGGAUGAGAUGUUUGACAGCACCGCAUCCCGGUUUCUGGCUGUCUUAGAAGCUCUUUCUGAUUCAAAUAGGCGCACACUACAAACUGGACCUAUUGUUACAGAUGAAGUAGAAGUUCGUGAUGUUGUCUCAGAACUGUUUAUGGCAGGAAAAGAACUUUUAAUAAUGUCAAAUACUGGUGCAGAUGGAAUGCUUGAUUUUCCACAAACAUCUCUUUUGCAACUUACUGUAAAAGGAAAAAAUGUUAUUUCUAUAGAUGCCGCUGUGAAAUUUGUAAAGUUAGCUUUUACUUAUGAGGAAUGGAGUUUAUUUGAAUCUUUAGCUGGGCAGCUUAUUGAUUUUCUCCAGAGGCAGGAUGAUCCAGAGUCAAAGAAAGCAGAAAAGGAUUUAAUUCUUCUUGUUGCAAUAGAACCUUUAAUCAAUGUAAAGAGAAACAAAGGUUUGGUCUUUCCCAUGGAAAAUUACAAAGAAGGACAAUCAGCUCAAAUUUAUGUUAAGAAAAUUGCUUUUCAUGAUUCUUGUUUGAAGACUUAUGGAUAUUCAGAAGACAUUUUCCAUUUGGCAGCAACCUUGUACUCUUGUGUCUGUGCUUCUCCCCAGAAUGUUCAGCCUGAUAAAGAAAUUGUUGUGGACACGAUAAUGUUCCUAUGGCAGAAAUGCAAAUUAGGAAUUCAGAGGAUCAAUAUGCCCAGAAAUGACUAUGCAAAAUUCACCCAGAAAAUCAGUACUAAUAAAUGGGUUUAUCUUCUGUGGCAGAUAAAUGAAGUAAUUCACUGCUAUAAAAUGGAAGACAUUGAUGUUGUGGUGGUAGCAGAGGUCACGUUGCGAUUAAGUGAAAUAUUGGAGUUAUUAGGAAACCCACGAAGAAAAUUUAAAAAAUCUCUAGAGAUACCUUUAAGAAAAGGAACUGGUGAAUUCUUUGGGAUUUCGAGAGGGAACAUAGACAUUCUUCCAAUACUAAAGAAGAAACCUGUGGAACAGUUAUUCUUGGCUUAUGAACUUCUUGACAAAGCAAUUGAUGGAAUAAAUUUGAAUUGCAUGUUAACUACUUUGCCAAAUGGAUCAUCAGUGGUUGACCAUUGCUAUGCCAAGUACACCCAGGACAUAGAUGGAGACAUUUGCAAACCAGUCACACCAAAUUCUUUCAUGAUGGAUUUGCAUCUUGAACUAAUUCAAGCCCAGCACCGUAUAGCUGUUGUGCUUCUUGACCAAUUGCAAGUUUUGCAGACUCCAACUGUUAGCAAACAUGGAUCUACCAAAGGUCCAGAAAAGCUAAAACAACCUAGAAGCAUUGACUCUUUUACAGAAUUGAAUGUAAUGAAUAAAAUAAGGAAGAAUAAGUUAUCCAAAGCAAUUUACUUGAUGCAGAAAGCUCUUCUAAUAUUUGAGAAAGAUGCAGCCUCUACAUCUUCACACAACUUUUUGAUGGAAGCAUAUUCUUUAAUUGAGAAGACUGAAGCAGAACAGAAUACCCUAUAUUCAUAUCAAAAAUAUGUGGAAAGUUCGAAAAGAAAGAAAAGCAGAUCCCCUCCCCCACCUAUCCUGCUAUCCCGAACUUAUUGUUCUGUGACAUUGAAACCUGCUCCAUUUAUUUCAGAUGUUAAGGUUUCCUGGUACUGCAUUUUGGGUUGCAAAGCAGAAGGGAGCUAUGGAAAAGUAAGGCUAAAUAAUAAUCAUCUCCCAAACUCAGGAGAAGCGAUACCAGCUGAUGGUAAAAGCAUUUUUGAAGUGAAAGGUUUAGAAACCAAUGAAAAAUAUGUCUUUGCAAUUGCUGCUUAUUCUUCUAACGGGAAGCUUAUUGGUGAUGCUGUUGGAGAGACAACUAAACCAAUUCUGGUUUAUCCACCUCUUUCUGCUGUUACUGCUCGGAUGUUCUUGACGCAGGUUGCCUAUCAGGCUGGUACCUAUGAGUUGGCUAAGAAGGCUUUCUCACCAGUUUGGGAUUAUUUUGUUGCUUCACCACAUCAAGAUGAACGAUCUCUUAUUUGUUUAAGCAAUAUAAUGACUAUUACACAGAGAAGAUUAUAUUCAGAUAUUUUGGCAGAGACUUCUUCAAUCCUCUUAUACCUUUUUCUUAGAAAUAUUUUUGUAACAAGUGACAUUAAAAUUAAAGAAGAAAAUCUUUUCUGUGAUAGUAUUAAAGGCAAUGAGCUUUUCCCCUCUCAACAAAUUACUAGACUAAUUGAAUGUGAGAGAGUAUUAGUGGCAUUGGAACUUAGCAACUACCUAAAUGAUUCCAGUUAUGCCCUUCAAGCUGUGACUCAAUGUUAUGGCCUUCUUGCUCCUAUAAUCUACCACAAUAUUGUUUUGGUACCUGUCAUACAGAUCUUGAUAAAGUGUGUAGUGGCUUUGCAAGGAUUACCAAAUAUCAUCCACUCAAAGAAACAUAUUGCAAGUUUUGAAAGUGUACAGCACAUGAUAGCCUGUUGUAUCUUCUACAUAACAAAGAUUCUGCGUUCAUGGAAAGAAUAUGACCUGGCAGUAAUGAUUAUAAAUUAUGGAAAAAAGAUGUUGGACAUCACAUCAGUUUGUAAAUCUCUAUUUGGUGUGUCUGACCAAGAAGAAAUGCAAGAGGAGGGUUCUUCUAAGAAGUCUUCCAAGCUGAAGAAGCCACAGCAGAUAUUAUUACCUGAAAAAAUAAAUGAACAGCUGGCCUUGUUGGAGACACACCUACUCAAACUGACAAAGCAAUAUGCUACAGCUGAACUGUCAGGAGCAGAAGACCCUAUAUUUCUUUACCCUGUUGUUUUAAACUGGUCAAUCAAAGGCGCUGUAAAAGAAGUUAUGAAAUUUAAGCAGAGACCUAGAUUCCUAGAAUUCUUUACACAAGUGAUGCUAAAAUGUAUGAAUGAUGAAAAAUUUCAUCUUAUGGUGGAGAUAACAAAUCCUGUUUAUGACUUCUUGAAAAGGAGGAAUGAGUCCCUACUUGGAAUAAGAAGAAUGAAAUAUAAGGAUAAUGUUUUGUAUAAAAAGACAACUAAACCUUUGAAGAAGUUCAAAGCUGCAGUAAUGGAGAUUGGAAGAACUAUAGAACUGUUGCCAAGAAAAAGAAGUAAAAGGAAGGAAACUCUAAGAGAAUUUUUUUCCAAAAAUCCAUCUAUUUCUGAAAUGGUGGAACAUGAAAGAAAUAAGAGAACUGAUGUUAGAAAACUUGCCUAUCGAUUCCUGGUGGAUAACUUGAAUCCUAUAAUAUUAAGUUUUGUGAAAAGGAGGAGGUUCCAUCAAAUAUUUCUUGAGGAGAUGCCCUGGAGAGCUCAGAUGAACCUGUAUCUGGCAAGUGCACAUUUCAACCUGCUUUUAACGAAGCUAGGGGAACGUACGAAGAUGAAAUUUGGCUCUUCACAUCCAGUGGUCAGUUUCCGAUCAUGUGAUCCUAAUAUGUUCUCACUAUAUAAUUCAGGAACAGUAUUACCAACAGCGAAAUUGACUCUAGAAAACUAUAAACAGAUACUUGAUUUCCUUCAUACAGCUAAAAAAAGAAAGGCCAACUUACCAUCAGAUGCUGAAGAAUUUUCCACAUUUGUUAAUUCCAGAAUGAAUGAUGAAAAUGUAUCCAAGACACAAAGAGUUUAUGAUUCAGACUCUCAGUCAGGUCUUAGUGCUAAAGAAAAGGAUCAAGCAGCAAAUUUGAGUCUAUUGGAUCAUUUUAUGAAAAUCUUCUUAUAUUGCAGGAGAGCAAUGGUUCUUGCUCAUCGUGGUGGCUAUUGGACUCUGCUUCAGAAUUGCUGUCGGGCCCUUUGGAACUUUACUCAGGAGCUGCAGAUACUUCUAAAACAAGCAGUGGAUAUGUAUGAAACAUUUCCUAUUAGCCAGGAUGGUUUCCUCUGUACCUGUGUUUUGCCAUUCUAUUUGGGAGCAGAAUUACUUAUUGACAUGUUGAUAGAACUACAAAAUAUCAAUUCUAUUAAGGUUAUUGAAGAAAAAGGGGAGUUCAGUGUUCCAAGCUGUUAUGGAAAUAUUAAAAAUGAUAACGGUGGUUCUAGCCUUGAUUUUGAGUAUCUUUUGGAUGAUGUAAAUGUGGUUGAUUUGAAAUGGAUCCAUAACUUUGUGUUGAAAUCUCUGGAACUUUUAUAUCAAGUGGAAAAAUGGGAAACACUGGUAUCACUUGCUAUCCAAUUCAAUACAAUUUCACAUGAGAGAUACACAGAGCAAGUGACACCACUCCUGGUGUACGCACAGCGUCAGCUUCUUCUAAGAAUAUCCAAGUUCAAUGGCCCGGAUGUUACCCAACAACCUUGUGCAAGAUAUGAGGCUGAAUACAAAGAGAAGAUAACCUGCCGAAAUUUCAUUGGGAAGCAGCUCAAGAUUAAUCCUUCAACCAGUGAAGUAACAGGCACAGAAAACUGCGCAGAUAUCCUAAAAAAGUUUGUCUAUUCAGAAUACAGCCACGCCAAAGAGCUCGUCUGUGUGCCUGUGGAUGUGACAGACACUUUGAGAUGUUUUAGAGAGACCCUGGAAAAAUCCAGAUAUCAUAACAGAUCAAUCCGACACAGCAGAAAAUUACUUUCGUUAUUCCUUGCUCAGACACAAGAUGUUCUCCAAGUCAGCCAUCAAAGAAGUCUUAAAGUUCAGGCAUUGCAUGAACUUGGAAGCCUUCUCGUCUUUGCUGGAAAGAAAAGGGCUGCUUUUAGAUGUUGGUGUCAAGCUCUUGAUGACAUAUUCAAAAAAGAAGAUGUGCUGUAUACGUGGAAAGAGUUUGGUACCUCGCUCACCGAUGCCACCAAAAGCUAUUCACCUCCAGGUUCCAAAGAUUAUAGUGAGGAAUUUCUGUCAAAAGUUGGCAUUUGGGGAUGUUUGCAAGGAGCAGUCAUAUCAGCAAAGAUAGCACAAUUUAUUAUGAUCUCGGAGGUUGACAAGAGAACAAACUGUUGCAUUUUGUCUGCGUUACUCUUUCAGGGUUUGCUUAGAACCACACUUCCACACCCCAAAGCUAAACAUUGCUAUGCUCAGUAUGAAAUCACUCAGCUUCUCCCAGGCAUCGAGCUCUUCUCAGACAGAUACAGGGCUGAUAUUUGCUCUGUAGUCGCAAGUCUGUAUUACAUUAUACGUGAACUACACUAUGCUAAGCAAAAUCUAAUAAUUCUGCCUCUCCUUGCAUUGUACCAAUAUUUUGUGUCUGGAAUUUGCCAAGACCUCGUCAGAAAUCUAGAAGCAAGGAUCCUCAAGAUUCAGGUCCUUACAGAUUUAAGAUUUUUUUCUGAAGCCUUUUAUGAGAUAUCUCAGAUUUUUUAUGGAAAAAACAUGCCUUCCUCGAUACCCUCUGGCUGUAAGGCUCCUGGAAAAGUAAAGAUAUUUCAAUCAUUUGACUCAGGAAAACCUCUUACUAGUAAAGAAAAUAUACAGGCACUUGAUGAAUUAAUAAGUAAAGGAUUGCCUGUAAUUCUGGUUACACUUGGCCAGCAACAUCUUUUAAAUAAGUUUUCUUUUGUUAAAGCAUACUUUUUAAUAAGUAUGGCUGCAACAAUAAAUCGUGUCCCAGAAAACUCAAUGAAAACAAUCUACCAUGGACUUACUUGUGAGAAGGGUAGAGCCAACCUUCCAAACUUGAAAGAGCUAUGUUUAAAGGAUGAUGGAAGCUCACCUGGUCAGUUUGUAAAAAUGAAAGAUGACUUCACUUUUAGCACGGUGAAGUCGAUUUUACUGACAGAAGCUGAGGACAGACUAAACUUCCUUGUGUCAGAGAUAGAGCAUCCAGGCCACAAGAACCUCUCUCAGUGUUGUGCUGGUGAGUUGGAGAUUGUGGUGGAGGCCAGGCUUCAGCUGGCGGCAAUCGCCCUGCAGAGACACCGGGCGGCAUACAGUGCUGCAAUAGUAUUUUCCACACUUAGACUUAUCCAGGAUUCAAAACUUUUUAAAAAGAAGGGAGUACAAGAUGACACAGAGAAUUCUGUCUCUCCAGGAGCUUCUGCUACUGAAAAUAAAGAUGAUAACGAGUUUUUAGAUCCUGUUUCCCUAAAUUCUCGAGAAUAUUUCAACAUUCAUCUCUGGUUGAGGUGCCGCUUAGCACUGGUGACUGCGUUUGUUGCACAGAUUCAUGGCAUUGGAAUGGUGACAGAAAACGAUAUGAUAGAUUACGUCAGCCUCAUCAAUGAAGUGUGCGAGGAGGCAAAAAGUGCAGGUGACAGGGAGCUACAGGCCGAGUUCUUAAUGCAAGCUGUAAUCAUUGGCCUCCAAGAAAAGCAUCUAAAGGCAGACAUCAUAACCAACCUUCAGGCGAUAAUACAUUUGCUUGAAGAAAGUGAAUUUAUUUCUCCUCGAUCUCAUUUAACCCUGGUGAGAAGCAUGCUUUUGCUGGAUGACUUAACAAAAGCCGAGAAAUUCAAGGAAACUCCUUUAAAAACAGAAAAAUUACAUUUGUUGAUUCAGUCUCACAACAUUCUUAUUGAACAGAUGCUAACUUUUGGGGAGACAAUUGAAUUUCCUUUAUCAAACACUGACUAUGCAAGUCCAUUACAGCCUUUGAAAAAUAUCUAUCUUCCUCAUGUCAUGUUAUUGGCCAAAACAAAAAUGAGAAUUGGACAUACAAUGGCCAAACAAGUAUCUUAUACCAGUAAAAAGAAGGAUCCCUCGAAGUGGUUCCCUGCCCUUCAUCUUUUUGAAAUAGCACUGAAGCUCUGUCAGGUAUCAGCAACAGAAGAACAUGAGGUGGAAGCUGAAAUUCUUUUUCAGAAAGGCAAAAUAGAACGUCAAAUAUUGAUGGAAGAGAAAUCUCCAAGUUUACAACUUGAGAGUUUAUUUGAAGCUAUACAGCUAAGCUUGAGAAAUGAUCAAAACUCAGGGUUGAUAAGAGACUCCUACUUAGAAAUGGCCCUGUUAUUUUUACAUAUGAGGAGGCCAAAAAACAAACUUUCAAUAUCACCAUUAACACUUAAGGCUUCUACCAGAAGGCAUAGUUCUAUUAAAGAACCAAUAGUAAAUAAAUUUGAAAUGUACAGUUCACUGGCCUGGAUUGUGAUAAGAGCUGCUGCCCAGGCCAGUGAAGCUGUGUUGGAAAUUAAUCUACUUAUUGGAAAGAAGAAUGCUAGAACCGAUAAAGUUAGCCAAGGGGCAUUACCAAAUAUCCCAGAAUUUGCCACCGUGGAUCUUCUGUCUUCAUACACAGAUUAUUUGCUUGAUAACUACCAAGUGGUCUUCCCCACUGCCAAUACAUGCUUGUAUCAAACUGACGGCAUGUGUGACAACACAGAUGCUAGAAAAAAACCUCAGACUAAAGUGGAUAUUACAUGGAUUCUUCUAUUGCGCUACUAUAUUCAUCUGCAAAGGAUUAAUAAUAUGAGCAAACUGCUGGCAUCUCCAAAGCCAGGAUCUGGAAUUUCAUUGCCAGAUGAUACACUUCUCACGUCCCUUUUCAACUCUGGGCUGAUUUUGCGCCAAAAAGAAAUGCAUUUUUUCCUUAAAAGAUUUUUACAGCUCUAUUCUUCCUCUUGUAUUGAUGAAUUUCCAAAAGAACUAUGUAAAGGAUUGGAAAAUACACUUUUUUCAGAAAAAAUCUCAUAUGAUUCAGUCAAGUUAUGUCAUGACAGUUCUCUACACUCUGAUUUAUCAUUAAAUAAGCUCUCUGCCAGCCCAUCUUCUGGAGAUGUGUCAUCAGUUAUGAAGAUACAAGAUUUAAACAAAGAACUUUGCUUUCAGUGGUACAUUCCUCCUCUAGAAAGACCUCCAAAGGACACAGAACCUAUGGUUUUAUUGUUGUAUGCAUACAACAUGAAGCCCCAGAAUAUUUCAGAUGCUGUACCUAAUAGCACUUAUUGCAAUGUCUAUACUGGCUCUUUCUGGGUUCCACUGAACAGAGUUAUUUCAAUUCAUGAGAAACUAUCUAAUCUUAAGCAAAUAGCUGAAAUAUCAUUGCCAACAGCUCCUGAAAUCACUUCAGAUGAAAAUGUAUCUGAAAUGCAAGAAAUGGAAGAGAAAUCAAUUGAUAAGGAAAUGGAAAACAUGAUUAUUGAAUGUUGCUCUGAAAUAAUAAAUCUGUUUUUGACUGAUGGAGAUGUAAUACCAUUGUCGGAGGUCCCAUUUGAUAUCUCGCUGCCAUCUAUAUUCAAUCUUGAGAGACUUUUUGACCUUGCUAAUGGUUGUAUUGUAUCAGGAGGAAGCCUUUUCAACUGGAUGGUGUCAAUUAUUCCCUAAACGUUCUUUACAUGUUAACCUUAUAAAGGAUUUAACUGAUGCUGUUUUUCUUGGUUUGAAAACAUUUCUGGAACUGUGUUCUUGUA